GUAAAUGUUAUUCCAAGUAGGCCAUGGUUUUUCAGUUGUUUGUCCAACCAAGUAAAGCUGUGUGUGUUUGCGUACUGGAACCGAAUCCCGAAAAUAAGUGUAUAAAAUGGAGAAUAAAAUAGUUCGAGCCUCAAGUUGUCCCGAUUUGCUGUUGUUCACGAAGCAACACCUUGAUGUGGACAAAACUAUUGGAGCUGCUGGCGAUGGAGCGGGUAAGGUGAAGCUAAAUGCGAAUGCCAAUGAGUUUGUGCCGCGUCAAUACAGAAAUGCAGAAGAAAAUGACCUGAAACCUUUGGGCAAGAAAUAUCCCAAUGUGUAUGCCCAGGAGUUUGUGCCGCGCCAGAAGAAGGAUGCCACGACCCAGUUGAAUGCUGGCUCUAACGAUGACCUCUUCGCUCUGGAGGAUGACAAUGAAUUUCCAAAUAUGCCAAUAAGAGUUGGUCAUGGUUCUCAGGUGGUUCUGUUGAACGACAAGGAAUAUAUGAUUGUGCCCCGUGUGAGGGCUGGCAAAAAGAAGGAGAAGGAGAAGGAGAAGGAGCAGCAACGACAUGAAACUCCAUUGAAUAACAGCGGGGAAAUUGUCUCCAGCACAUCCUUGAUUGAAUCGCAUCCCCAUGAGGAGCGCCUCUCGAAAUCCGAGAGGAAGCGCCGGGCUGCCGAAGAACGGCGACGUGAUCACGAUCGCCAGGUGGCUCUGGAGGCCAUCAUGUUGACGGAACAACGACGUAGCCGGAGUCCUAUGAUCCCCGAUUCCAAUACCGAUGAAAGCACGGAGCCAAUUAUACAUCUUUCGCACUCUCCGAUACGAUAUUCACCCAAGGAAAGGUCACGGGUGGAUCGUCUGCGGUCUGCAAAGAGGGAACGCAUCGAGAGGGUGCUCCGUGAGAUGAGUGAGGAGAGAAAGCAGAGGCUGCAGAAGCAGAAGGAAAUGGACUCAGUAUCGUCUGCACCCACACGAUCAUCAUCAUCCCCGCCAGAAUUGCCGGCAGUGCAAUCGGUGGAAUCCCCAGCGAAGCCCGAACAAGCCAGACGUUAUAUACCCACCGCCAAGGAGUGGGAUGAGCAUCGACGGGCCAAGGCUCAGGCCAAACGGGAGUCCAAGCGGAAGGCCAGGCGAGAGGCCAAGCGGGAGGCCAAACGGAAUGCCACUGUAGCCCAGGAUAGUUCCAUGGAUACACCAUCGGAGGGAGCUAUGGAUGUACCCUUGACCAGUGAGGAAGGAGAUCCACCAGUUAAUCCGCCGGCAGGUAACCACAAUGUGCCCAGUUGGACAUAUCAGCCAAAUUGGCCAACCAAAUUGCCGCAAAUCUACCGAAGGGGCAGACGUGUCCUGCGCUACACCAACGUUGAGUUGCAACAAUUGAAGCCAAAGCCUCAAUAUUUGGAGACAAUUUGCCUCGAGGAGAAGGUCCGGUGUUUGGGAUGCAUGUACAAUUAAUACUGUGAAAACUAUCGGAACUAUACCCUUAGAUACCAAAGAGAUAAGCAGAUACUCUCUAAAAUUGCUUCUCAGUUGCUUUCUCAGAUUACUCCGUGGGAUAUAGUCAUAGGUACAUGCUCAGAAUAUCCCAAAGAUGCAUUCUCAGAUACAUUUGCUCAUAUGUCCAAGGGACUUUGUCUAAAUCUUUUAAUAAAAUCCAAUAAUAUACCCCA